AUGUUUGUUGAUAAGAAUUUAGCUUCUACCAAAUCAAAACAUUAAAAACUUGAUAUUAGUGAAUUAGGUAAGUAAAAAAUAAAAAUUUAGAAUAAGUAACAAGAAAAAAAGUGAUGUAAAAUACAAGCUUAAAUCCAUAUACAGGAAAUUAAUAUUCAGCUGACUAUUAUAAAAUCUUAGCGGUUAGAAAGUAGUUACCUGCUUGGGAUGGUAAAUCCUAAUUUUUUAUUUAUAAUAGCAAAGGAAUAAUUGUUUAUGUUGAUGGAAUAAUAUUAAGUAAUAGUUUUACAGGGGGAAACUGGAAGUGGAAAAACAACGCAAAUACCAUAAUUCUUAUUAGAGAAAUAUAGCAAAGGUAGAGGAAUUGCAUGUACACAACCAAGAAGAGUUGCAGCAAUGAGUGUUGCAAAAAGAGUAGCUGAAGAAAUGGAUGUUGCACUUGGUGAAGAAGUUGGUUAUUCAAUUAGAUUUGAAGAAAAGACUUCAAAUAGAACCAUCUUAAAAUAUAUGACGGAUGGUAUGCUUCUAAGAGAGUAUAUAACAUCAUUAGUUAAUUAAUUAGAGCUAUGCAUGAUCCAAAGUUAGAAAGGUAUUCAGUUGUCAUCUUGGACGAAGCCCAUGAAAGAACUCUUAAUACAGACAUAUUAUUUGGACUCCUGAAGGAAAUCAUGUUGAAAAGACCUGAAGACCUGAAAGUAGUGAUUAUGUCUGCAACAAUGGAUGCAGAGAAAUUUUAAAAGUAUUUUCAUAAUGCUCCCCUUUUGGACAUUCCAGGGAGAGUUUAUCCAGUGGAAAUAUUCUACACCUAAAAACCUGAAAAAAGCUAUCUGGAUGCAGCAAUUAGUACCACAAUCAAUAUACAUGCAUAUGAGGAUCCAGGAGAUAUCUUAGUAUUUCUCACAGGAGAGGAAGUACAUACUAUAAUUCUAUUAUUUCCUAUAGGAAAUCGAAGAAGCCUGUAAGAAGAUCACUUCUGAAAUAUAGAAGUUGGGAGAUGAUGUUGGACCAGUCAGAUGUGUACCGCUUUACAGCACAUUACCACCAAAUUAGUAAUAAAAGAUAUUUGAACCUGCUCCUUAGCCUAAUAAAAAAGGAAUUCAAGGUAGAAAGAUUGUAGUUGCAACCAAUAUCGCAGAAACAUCUAUUACUAUCGAUGGAAUUUGUUAUGUUGUAGAUCCUGGGUUUUCGAAAUAAAGGUUUACAAUCCAAGAUUGAGAGUGGAAUCAUUGCUUGCUUCUCCAAUUUCUAAGGCUUCUGCAUAAUAAAGAGCAGGUAGAGCUGGUAGAACAAGACCUGGUAAAUGUUAUAGAUUAUACACUGAACAAUCAUUUAAUUCUGAAUUGAUUGAUAACACUUAUCCAGAAAUAUUAAGAAGCAAUCUAUCAGCAGUAGUGUUACAAUUGAAGAGAUUGGGAAUAGAUGAUUUAGUCCAUUUUGAUUUUAUGGACCCACCUGCUCCAGAAACAUUAAUGAGAGCUCUAGAGUAAUUAUACUAUUUAAGUGCAUUGGAUGAAGAGGGAAAUCUAACUAAAUUUGGAUAAUAGAUGUCAGAAUUUCCACUUGAUCCACAAUUAUCAAAAGUACUUCUUAGCAGUAAAGAUUUCUAUGUUACUGAUGAGAUAUUGACUAUUGUGGCAUUAUUGUCUGUUUAAUAAGUAUUCUAAAGACCUAAAGAUUAAUAAUAGUAAGCUGAUGAUGCUAGAUACUAAUUUGUCCAUUAAGACGGAGAUCACAUUACAUUCUUGAAUGUUUUUAAAUCAUUUAAAGAACACAAUGAAAGUUCUGAUUGGUGUUAUCAAAAUUUCAUUAAUUAUCGAAGUUUAAAAUCAGCAGAUAAAAUCAAGGAUUAAUUAAGACAAAUUAUGUAAAAGUAAUAAAUUCCUUUGACUAAAACUGAUCCAUCAAAUGCCCUAUAUUACACUUACAUCAAAAAGGCUUUAAUUGCUGGAAUGUUUAUGCAAACAGCUCAUUUGACUAAAAAUGGAGCCUAUAUGACCGUCAAAGAUAGUUAAAUAGUUGCCAUACAUCCAUGUUCAGUCUUAAAUCAUAAACCAGAAUGGAUACUAUAUCAAGAAUUUGUGCUGACUUCAAAAAAUUACUUAAGAACUGUGACAGACAUAGAAGGGAAAUGGCUGUAUGAAAUGUGUCCGGAAUAUUUUAAUCCAAAAACUAUAAAAAAUAUUGAAACAAGAAAGGAAUUCGAAAAAAUAGAGAGACAAGUAAUUAUAAUUAUAAAAUCUAGGUCUUAGAAGAAUAAAGAAAGAAACCUGAUCUAUUGACAGUUGAAUAAAUAUAAAGAUUGCACAAAGAUGUAAAAUCAGAAAGAAACUAAUCAGUUUCUUCUUCAAAAACCAUCCAAAAAUGA